AUGCAGGCCCAGCCCAAGGCGGCCCCGGCAUCGGCGCUGCCAGCCAGACGGCAGCCCUUGCGUCCGCGCAAGGCGUCGCCGCCCGAGCAGCCGCAGCUAGCCCCGCGGCAGCAGGCCGACGCGCGGCAGCCCCCACUCGCCUGCUCGCCCGCGCCGUCGUCGGCGCCCUCCACGGCAGCGGUCGCCUGUGCCGCGGCGGCGCUGGGCCUGGGCGGCCUGCUGGCCGCCGCGGGUCCCGCCGCCGCCUCGGAGCUGCUCAGCGGCCUGCAGGCGGGCGCCUUCAUCCCCGGCCUGGUGGGCGACGACCCGCUGAGGGAGGGCUUCAUCCAGGCCCUGCUGCUCAUCUUCUUCUCCGAGAUCGGCGACAAGACGUUCUUCAUCGCGCUGCUGCUGGCGCUGCAGCAGCCGCGGUCGCUGGUGUUUGCGGGCACCUUUGGCGCGCUCGCCGUCAUGACCGUCAUCUCAGUGGGCCUGGGCCGCGUGCUGCACCUGCUGGACGAGGUGGUGCCCAACGCGGGCGGCCUGCCGCUGGACGACCUGCUGGCGGUGGCGCUGCUCACCUUCUUUGGGGUGCAGACGCUGCGCAGCGCGGCAGACGCCGACAGCAAGGCGGCGGAGGAGAAGGAGGAGGCGCAGGAGGUGGUGUCCGCCUUUGGCAGCGGCGCUGCGCUCACCAUGGUCGCCUCCACCUUUGCGCUCGUGUUUGCCGCCGAGUGGGGCGACAAGUCGUUCCUGGCAACCAUCGCCCUGGCCGCCGCCUCCUCGCCCACCGGCGUGGUGCUGGGGGCGGUGGCGGGGCACGGUGUGGCCACAAUCAUUGCCGUGCUGGGGGGCAGCAUCCUGGGCAGGUACCUGGAUGAGCGGGUGGUGCAGUACGUGGGGGGCUCGCUGUUCCUGGUGUUUGCUGCGGCCUCCAUCUACGACAUUGCCACCGGGGCGGCGGUCCAAUGA